AUGGAUAUUCAACUGUUUGACAAAUGGCCUGAGUUAUCUUCUGGCGCAGAAGCUCCUUUCCUAACGCCAGCACCAUGGGCGACGGAGGCUUCAGGCGAUAAUGUUUUAAAUGGUUCUGGACCAUUAAUUCUUACUGAUCCCAUGUUCCUGAAAAAAAACCGACUACCUCCGGCAAAAAAACCUAAGAAGCAAACGGCACAAAUGAGAAGAGAAUUGGGAGAGUUGCUGAGAUGUGUUGAACCGGUUUCAGUACGUCCUCUGAAGAUUUUCAACCCUCGUUCAGAAGAAGAGAAGCGGAAACUUAUUGAAAAUUGCACCGAACUUCCCGAUCUUGAAGACCAGUACUACUUGCGUGAAGUCCUACAAAAUAUGCAAAAUGCUGCAAAAUCAGUUGAUGAUCUUCCAUGGGGAAGACUUUUAACUUUCAAAGAAAUUCUGAAACCCGAUGACCCUCUCUUGAAGGUAAUCCGUUCUGGGAUUCUUAUGAAAUUUUAAUUAUUGUAGAUAAACCCUAUACGAUCUAAGAAAGGAAUUCUCGACGUUUUUUACGAAGAUCCCGAACUAGAUGGAGUCAUUCCGGUGGCUGAGGGAUGUGCUCGUGCUCGUCCCUAUAAAAAAUUGACAAUGAAACAGAAGCGGAGCCUUGUUCGUCGCCCUGAACAGGAUACGAACUGUUCUCCAGUCAUGUUCAGUGAGCGGGAUGAAACGGCAAUGCGGCAUCAACAUUUGGCCAAUAAAGAUAUGCGACUAUUGCAACGAAGACUUCUUACAUCUCUUGGCGACGCCAACAAUGACUUUUUCAAAAUCAAUCAGUUGAAGGUGAGUGUUUUUAAUGUGGAGCUGCCUAAUCGUAUUACUUAGUUCCGUAAAAAAAUGAUCAAGUUUGCUCGAUCUCGGAUUCACGGAUGGGGUCUAUAUGCUAUGGAGACGAUCGCUCAGGAUGAGAUGAUUGUCGAGUAUAUCGGACAGAAAGUUAGAUUCCCACUAAGUAUUCUGAGUCAUAUUGCACUCUCAGAUACGUUCUCUGGUCGCCGACGAACGAGAAAAAGCAUACGAACGACGAGGAAUUGGAAGUUCUUAUUUAUUCCGAAUCGAUGAACACUCAGUGAUCGACGCGACAAAACGAGGCAAUUUCGCACGAUUUAUAAAUCACUCAUGUCAACCAAAUUGCUAUGCGAAGGUAUGUUAGAUUGGAUCAAACUCCUCUAAUUAUAUAUAGAUAUAUUUCGGAACUUUCGGUUACCAAAACUCCGUUAGCUUUUUUUGAGAGUUACUCUCAAUUCACCGCUCUUGCCCCUCGGUGUUUGCGUACUCAAGCCUAAUUUCAGAAAUUUUGGCUUGAGUCUGCAAACACCGAGGGGCAAGAGCGCUGAGUUGAGUUUAGCUCGGUCUCCGCAGCGGUACCACGUUCAAAAAAGUCGUGUUAAAGAAGAAUGAUGAUGUUGAGAAGGUCCCUCUCAGAAGGAACAUCAGGGCAGGGCAAAUUUCUGCUUAAUUUUUUUUCCGUACGAUAAUCCGAUCGGUCUGAAACAUGGAUCCAAUAUACUUCAAUCCAAGUCUAAAAAGCCUGCGGCCUGCGAAGUUUCGGUCCGAUCGGUAUAUUGCAGCUGGGCUAAAUGUCCGGGCCUUUGAAUAAGCCUGGGCCGGCCCUUUGCUCAAUCUUGCUGAGCAUUAGGGUUGCAGAACAAUUUCUCUGGGAACUCGAUUGUAAUCUAAUUAGAACACGGCCCGGCUUUUCAUAUAAGGGACUUUCGGUGUUUUCAAGCUAUCUCCAGAAAUCGAAACAUAGGAAACACAGGGACCUCUGACUUUUUGAUAAAAGUUCAAUUUUACUGUGUUCUUCAAAAUGAGCCAGGUUGGAGGUAAACUCAAAAGAUAACAUUAGUCAAUAUUGAGUAAGUCAAUGAUUAUAUGAGUCAAUGAUGAGUGAGUCAAAGAAUACAAAUGAUAGUCAAUGAUAAUUGGAGUCAAUGAUGAGUGAGUCAAAGAAUGAAAGGAGAGUCAAUGAUGAAUGAGUCAAUGAGUGUAUAUUUUUGGGUAGUCAAUGAUCAAAAAAGUCGAUGAUGAUUAGGUCAACGAUCAUUGGCUUUCAAAUUUCGAUCGUACUAAUGGGGUUAUUUAGGCUGUGAAAAAAAUUAUUUUUUGAUGGACUGGUUGGGAUCUUCCGGGUCAAUAAAUUGCUGCACUAUUCAACUGUUCUAAAACCGUGAUUUUUGUUUUUUUUUUUCUUUCGCACGAACACGGGCCACAAGCGGGCCGACGUUCCAAACGUCUUGUAAGACUGAUAAAAAUGAUGAUUCUAGGUUCUCACCAUCGAAGGCGAGAAACGGAUUGUAAUAUAUAGUCGCACAAUCAUCAACAAAGGCGAGGAAAUCACUUACGACUACAAAUUUCCUAUCGAAGACGACAAAAUUGAUUGCCUAUGUGGAGCAAAAGCGUGCCGUGGCUUCCUCAACUAG